AUCCUCCUCAAAACCACAAAACUAAAAUGAAUCUUAUUGCAGAUAACGUGGCCCAUUCCAGUAACUCAUGAAUUAACCAACUUAAUUUCUUGGAAUUUUUUGACUUGAUGACAGAAAAAUGGCGUUGAUUAACACUGCCCUCUCUAACCCCAAAACCAACCAAAUUUUCUGUCACCACCAUCAUUUUCAUCAAAUUAAACCCUUAAUUUCUGUUCAAUUUCCCCAAUUUCCCAAUACCCACUUGUCCAAUCACCUCAGAAAUUCCAGCUUAAGAUGUUUUUCUCAAAAACAAAGCCAACCCACCCAAAAUUCACUUAAUCAAGUAGAGAAAGAGGAAGAAGAAGUAGGAAAAGAAGUUCAAAAGUAUGAAUUUGAGAGGUUGUUUUCAAACAUUAAUCAAGCCACUUUGAAGCAUGAACCUGGUAGUGUUACCAGUUCAAUUUUCCUUGUGGCAGGCACUACGAUAGGUGCAGGGAUUUUAGCACUUCCUGCUGUGACACAAGAAUCUGGGUUUCUUGCCUCUGCUGUCGCGUGCAUUGGUUGUUGGGUAUAUAUGGUUACAACUGGAUUGCUUAUCGCUGAAGUCAACGUAAAUACAAUGUGCGAGUUGGGUUCUGGUGGUGUCUCUUUGGUGUCAAUGGCAAAGAGAACCAUAGGGUCAGUGGGAGUCCAAGUCGCUUGCUGGUCAUACAUUUUUAUACAUUACGCUCUCCUUGUUGCCUACAUAGCACGUUCUUCAGAUAUUUUGACAAACUACCUUGGUAUUCCACAAUGGGAGAGUGCGGCGUUGUUUUCACUAGCUUUUGGAGCAUUAUGUUACUUUGGAAGCCAACGAUUUAUAGGUGCCGUUAAUGGACUCUUAUUAUUGGGGAUCGUCACUUCGUUUACAGCUCUAGUGGUUAUUACUAGCGCGGACCUACAUUUUGAUGCUCUUUUGAAAGCCAAUUUUGAAGCCGUGCCUUCAAGUUUACCUGUCAUAGCCCUUGCAUAUGUGUACCACAAUGUGGUUCCUGUUCUUUGCACAAACUUGGAGGGUGACCUGUCAAAAGUAAGGACUGCAAUUGUCAUGGGAACCGCAAUUCCUCUGGUUCUAUUUCUUGUUUGGAACGGGGUAAUUCUUGGUUCAUUCACAAAUGUAGAUUCAAAUGUCGGGAACAUUCUUGAUCCAUUACAACAGCUGAGAGCAAGCAAUGGAGUUGUCGGGCCCAUUGUUGAUACCUUCUCAAUUUUUGCUAUCGGAACAUCAUACAUCGGGUUUGUUCUUGGACUUGCUGACUUCUUAGCAGACUUGCUGAAUCUCCCAGCAGGACAAAGCAGACCGCUUCCGUAUCUGAUUACUUUGUUCCCACCAUUGGUACUGGCUUUGUUAGACCCUGAGAUUUUUUUCAAGGCUUUGGAUUUUGCUGGAACAUAUGGUGUUUUGGUGCUUUUCGGAGUUCUUCCUGCAGCAAUGUCGUGGUCAGAUCGAUACAUAACUUCACCAGAACUCCCGAAAGUACCCCAGAUGGUUCCCGGAGGAAAGCUUACUCUUUCCCUAGUGAUGGGUGGCGCUGCAUGGAUCAUUUUAUCAGAGAUACUCAACACCUUCAACCACACAUGAAAAAUUCGUGAAAAGCCGGAAAAAACAGGAAGAAAAGAAGCUGUUUGGAGCAGAGUUCUUGAUAGCAAGCUUUGUCAGUAGAAGAAGUUGCACAUAUAUAUUUAACCUUUUUACCAUCAUAAAUUAUCAUGGUUUACAUGUAGUAAUUGACAUGUUCUAAUUCGGUAUUUCUGCAAACAAUCUUUAGCUCUGUGA